AUGGCCCAGCGACAGGUUCCAUUGCACGUCACACAGCCGACGCUGCUUACGAACCUAAACAUCCUCCCAGCAUCGAUAUCAUGGCAGAACUGUACACUCGAGUCCGACAAGUAUGUUUGUGUGCGCCAGGUCAACAACGAAGCCAAUGCGCCCGCCGAGACUGUUAUUAUCGACCUCAAGAACACGAAUAAUAUCAUCCGAAGACCAAUCCGCGCCGACAGUGCCAUUAUGCACUUGACUGAGCCCAUCAUCGCGCUCAAGGCACAAGGCCGGACACUGCAGCUGUUCAACCUCGAGACCAAGGAACGCCUGCAGACAUACAGCCACCAAGAGGACAUUCAGUUUUGGAGGUGGAUCAGUCAGACCACCCUUGCGCUCGUUAGCACAAAGGCCGUAUACCACUGGGAUGUCCUCGACUCGAAGAACGCUGUUGCGCCGCGCAAGAUCUUCGACCGCCAAGAGCAGCUCGAGAACAACCAGAUCAUCAAUUACGUUACCAACGAUGACGAGAGCUGGUCCUGCCUGGUUGGUAUCACCUCGAACCCUGCCGGUGGUAUCCGCGGCAACAUGCAGCUUUUCUCCAAGGCGAGAAAUGUGAGCCAGCCUCUCGAGGGCCAUGCUGCUACGUUCGGAACCCUCCGCCUCGAUGGCGCAUCGACCGAUACCAAGAUCUUCGCUUUCGCAGUCAAGUCAUCCUCUGGCGAGGCCAAGAUCAACAUUGUCGAGGUCGACCACAACGCCGCGAAUCCGGCCUUCCCGAAGCGCCUGAUCCCGAUCCAUUGGCCCGCCGAGGGUACUGGCGAUUUCCCGCUGGGCAUUCACAUUGCGCACAAGUAUGGUAUUCUAAUCGUAAUCACGAAGUUUGGAUUUAUUCACCUCCACGAUCUCGAGACGGGUACCGCGCUCUUCCUGAACAGAAUAUCCGAGGAAACAGUCUUCACCACUGCGCGCGAUGACGAAGGCACGGGUGUGGUCGUCAUCAACAAGCGAGGACAGGUACUCCACACGACCGUUCGCGAAGACACCCUGAUUCCAUACAUUAUGGAGAACCCGGCAUGCGCCGAAAUCGCAUACAAAUUGGCGUCAAAGGGCGGACUCCCGGGCGCAGACCAGCUCUACUCGCAACGAUUCGAGAAUCUCAUGUCACAAGGAAACUUUUCGGAGGCAGCCAAGGUCGCGGCCAGUUCACCUCGUGGUUUCCUCCGUACGAUGAACACGAUCAACAGGUUACGCCAAGUUCCCAACCAACCUGGUCAGAUCACUGUGCUUCUACAAUACUUUGGCCAAUUGCUGGACAAGGGCGGCCUGAACAAGGAGGAAACAUUGGAGCUAGCUCGACCUGUGUUUGCGCAGGGCCGUAAACACCUCAUCGAGAAGUGGCAGAAGGAGGGCAAGCUUCACUGCUCCGAGGAGCUCGGUGACCUUGCUAAACCGCACGAUUUGAACCUUGCUCUGGCCAUCUACAAGGAAGCAAACGUACCCCAGAAGGUUGUUGCAGCACUCGCGGAGCUCGGUCACUACGAUCUUAUCCUCCAGUAUUGCAACAGCGUCGGCUACACUCCUGACUACAAUGUCCUACUCCAACAUGUCGUCCGUAUCAACCCAGAAAAGGGUGCCGAGUUUGCGUCUCAACUGGCGAAGAAUGAGGGCGGCCCACUGAUCAGCAUCGAUCGCGUUGUCGACAUCUUCCAGUCCCAAGGCAUGAUUCAGCAAGCUACCGCCUUCCUGUUGGAUGUCCUUUCCAACGACUUGCCUGAAGAGGGUCACCUGCAGACCAAGUUGCUCGAAAUGAACCUGCUCAACGCACCCCAGGUUGCGGAUGCCAUUUUGGGCAAUGAGAUGUUCCAUCACUAUGACAAGAUGCGCAUUGCUCAGCUUUGCGAAAAUGCCGGCCUGCUCACACGUGCUCUGGAGCACAAUGACGACCCAACGGCUAUUAAGCGCAUCAUUGUUCAGACCGACAAGGUUCCGGAGGAGUGGUUGAUCAACUACUUCGGUCAGUUGACGGUAGAGCUUUCACUCGAAUGCCUGGAUGUCAUGCUUACAACAAACAUCCGCCAAAACCUGCAAGCCGUUAUUCGCAUUGCCCAGAAGUACUCUGACCUGUUGGGUGCUAACAGGAUUAUCGAUCUCCUCGAGAAGCACCGCACUGCCGAGGGUCUGUACUUCUUCUUGGGCUCCAUCGUCAAUGUGAGCGAGGACCCCGAUGUUCACUUCAAGUACAUUGAGGCAGCGACCACCAUGGGCCAGCUCAACGAGGUUGAGCGCAUCUGCCGUGAGAGUAAUUACCUCAACGGUGAAAAGGCGAAGAACUUCUUGAAAGAGGCCAACUUGACCGAACAAUUGCCUCUCAUCAUUGUCUGCGACCGUUUCAACUUUGUCCACGACCUGGUUCUUCACCUUUACAAGAAGCAGCAGUUCAAGUCCAUUGAAAUCUACGUUCAGCGCGUCAAUCCUGCCCGUACCCCAGCAGUUGUCGGCGGUCUCCUCGACGUGGACUGUGAUGAGGGCAUCAUCAAGGGUCUCCUAGCCUCCAUUACACCAUCGUCCAUUCCCAUUGAUGAGUUGGUCGCUGAGGUCGAGUCCCGCAACCGUCUGAAGCUCCUUCUCCCCUUCUUGGAACAGACUUUGGCCAGCGGCAACCAGCAACAAGCAGUGUACAACGCGCUUGCCAAGAUCUACAUUGACAGCAACAACAAUCCCGAGAAGUUCCUGAAAGAGAAUGACCAGUACGAUACCCUUAUCGUUGGAAAGUACUGCGAGAAGCGUGAUCCAAACCUUGCGGCGAUUUGCUACAUGAAAGGUCAGAAUGAUCUCGAGUUGGUCAACAUCACGAACGAGAACGCCAUGUUCAAGGUCCAAGCACGCUACCUCUUGGAUCGGGCGGAUUCUGAGAUUUGGGAUUAUGUAUUGAGUCCUAACAACCUGAACCGUCGAUCACUUGUUGAUCAAGUCAUUUCGACAGCAGUUCCUGCGUCUACUGAUCCAGACAAGGUUUCUGUUGCGGUCAAGGCAUUCAUUACUGGUGACAUGCCCGCUGAGCUCAUCGAACUGUUGGAGAAGAUCAUUCUUGAGCCUUCGACUUUCAGCGAUAACCCCUCUCUUCAAAACUUGCUGAUGCUUACCGCCUGCAAGUCUGAUCGCGGCAGAGUUAUGAACUACAUUCAGCAACUUGACCAAUAUACUCCCGAGGACAUUGCACAGCAGUGUAUUGAGGUUGGCAUGUUCGACGAAGCCUUUGAGAUCUUCAAGAAGCAUGAGAACCAUGUUGAGGCUGCCAAUGUUUUGAUCGAGCACAUUGUCAGCAUUGACAGAGCACAAGAGUAUGCCGAACGCGUCGACCGACCUGAGGUCUGGAGCAGAGUCGCAAAGGCUCAACUGGAUGGUCUACGUGUUUCAGACUCUAUCGAGUCGUACAUCCGUGCAGAGGAUCCGUCCAACUUCCUGGAAGUCAUCGAAAUCGCUACCCAUGCUGGCAAAGACGAGGACUUGAUCAAGUACUUGAGAAUGGCACGAAAGACACUCCGUGAGGUCCCCGUCGAUACUGCCCUAGCAUUCUGCUUUGCUCGUACGGAGCAAUUAGCAGAACUUGAGGAUUUCCUCAGGGCUACCAACGUUGCCGAUGCUGAAGCUUCGGGAGACAAGGCCUACGAGGAGGGCUACUAUGAGGCGGCCAAGAUCUUCUACACGAGCAUUUCCAACUGGGCUAAGCUUGCCACAACCCUUGUACACCUUGAAGACUACCAGGGUGCAGUUGAAUGCGCAAGGAAGGCCAACUCGAUCAAGACGUGGAAGCAGGUCAACGAGGUCUGUGUGGAAAAGAAAGAAUUCCGCCUCGCACAGAUCUGUGGCUUGAACUUGAUUGUCGAUGGCUCUGAAGUUGUUUCGGUAGUCAAGCAGUACGAGCGCAACGGCUACUUUGACGAGCUGAUCAGCCUUCUUGAGGCUGGUCUCGGUUUGGAGAGAGCACACAUGGGCAUGUUCACUGCGCUAGGUGAAGCACUUGCGAAGUACCACCCUGAACGACUCAUGGAGCAUCUCCGCCUCUUCUGGACCCGUAUCAACAUCCCCAAGAUGUUGAUUGCUUGUGAGAAUGAGCAUCUCUGGCCUGAACAAGUCAUGCUUCUGGCGAGCUUCGAAGAAUACGACAAUGCAGUAAUGGCUAUGAUCGAGCAUGCUGCGGAUGCUUGGGAGCACGAGAGCUUCAAGACUACCAUUGUCAAGUCGUCGAAUGUUGAGAUUUACUACCGCGCACUCGGCUUCUAUCUUGAGCAACAUCCCACUCUGCUGACGGACUUGUUGCAAGUUCUCACGCCGCGAAUCGACGUCAACCGUGUCGUGCGAAUGUUUGUCAAGUCCGACAACAUUCCUCUGAUCAAACCAUUCCUCUUGAAUGUUCAGUCGCAGAACAAGCGCGACGUGAACAACGCGCUGCACGAUCUCCUGAUUGAAGAGGAAGACUACAAGACACUUCGGGACUCGGUCAACAACUACGACAACUAUGACCCUGUGGAUCUUGCACAGCGCCUGGAGAAGCACGACUUGGUGUUCUUCCGUCAGAUUGCCGCCGAUAUCUACCGCAAGAACAAGCGAUGGGAGAAGUCUAUUGCGCUUUCCAAGCAAGACAAGCUGUUCAAGGAUGCGAUUGAGACCGCAGCGAUAUCUGGCAAGCCUGACGUUGUCGACGACUUGCUUCGCUACUUCGUCGACAUUGGUAGCCGCGAGUGCUAUGUCGGCAUGCUUUAUGCCUGCUACGAUCUCAUUCGCCCCGAUGUCAUUCUCGAAAUGUCAUGGCGCAAUGGUCUUCACGAUUUCACUAUGCCGUACAUGAUCAACCUCAUUGCCCAACAGACAGCUUCUCUUGAGAUGCUGAAGAAGGACAAUGAAGAGCGCAAGGCCCGCGAAGCCUCGCAGCAGAAGAAGGAGGAAGACACUCCGAUCCUGGGUUCCCGCCUGAUGCUUACGCAAGGCCCGAUUGGCUCAGCUCCCUCUCCAGGCCCAUAUGGACAGGCUAAUGGCAUCGCGCGCCAACCUACUGGAGGCUUCCGACCGUUCUAGAUAUGUGUACUGAGGGCGACAUGAUUCUCUGGGUAGGAGGGCUGAUUCAGGCUAAUUUCGAUUUGAACAUUGACGUUUGGUGGAGGGUAGAAAAAGUAUGGGUGAGGUGCAUACAUCUAGGCGGUAUGCAGGAAUGUACUCUACAGGCGUUGGAGGUUAUUAUAUGAUUUGGAGGUGGCCCUUUAUGGAGCAUCUCUAGACACAUGGUACCCUAGUUAAUUGCAUGACUUGUG